AUGGAAGAAGCCAACUUCACAGCAGUGUCAGAGUUCAUUUUCCUCGGCCUCACCCAGAUGCAGGAGAUGAGGGUUGUCCUGUUCUUGGUCUUCCUCUUGGUCUACACCACCACGCUCCUGGGCAACGGACUCAUCGUGAUCACCGUGACCUGUGAACUCCGUCUCCACACCCCCAUGUACUUCCUGCUACGCAAUCUGUCCGUCAUGGAUCUCUGUUUCUCCUCGGUCAGUGUUCCCAAGAUGCUCGUGGAUCUCCUGUCGGAGAGCAUGGCCAUCUCUUUUGGCGGCUGUAUGGCCCAGAUGUUUUUCUUUCAUUUCUUUGGAGGGGGCACUGUGUUCUUCCUGUCGGUGAUGGCGUAUGACCGUUACGUGGCCAUCUCCCGGCCCCUGCACUACGUGGCCCUCAUGAGCCCCCAGGUGUGCGUGGGGCUGAUCGUGGCCACCUGGGUGAGUGGCUUUGUGCACUCGAUCGUCCAGCUUGGGCUUGUGGUCCGAUUGCCGUUCUGUGGGCCCAACGUCCUGGAUAAUUUCUACUGUGAUGUCCCCCAGGUCCUCAGGCUCGCCUGCACCGACACCUCCGUCCUGGAGUUCCUGAUGAUCACCAACAGUGGACUCCUCACCCUCCUUUGGUUCCUCCUCCUCCUGGUGUCCUACACGGUCAUCCUAGUGAUGCUGAGGUCCCACUCGGGGGAGGGCAGAAAAAAGGCCAUCUCCACCUGCACCACCCACCUCAUCGUGGUGACCCUGAUGUUUGGUCCGUGUAUCUACAUCUACGGGCGUCCCUUCAGCCCCCUCUCCAUGGACAAGGCCGUCUCCCUCAGCUUCUCAGUCAUCACCCCCAUGCUGAACCCUAUGAUCUACACCCUGCGGAACCAGGAGGUAAAGUCAGCCAUGAAGAAGCUAAUGGGAAGGCUUGGACCAUCAUAUAGGGUCAUAAUCCCUCAGCUCAUACUAAUCAGUUGUCUAGUGAACAAUGGGCACAAGACUUCCCAGAUUUCGUUGGCAGGAUCACAGUGGGAUCUGUGA